UUUUUUGCGACUCUGUCGAUGCGUGUGUAUGUGUGUUUGUGUGUCUGUGUGUGUGUGCUUGCGUGCGUGUGUGUGUUUGUGUGUCUGUGUGUGUGUGUGUGCGUGUGUGUGUGUCUGUGUGUGUGUGUAUGUGUGUGUGUGUGUGUGUGUGUGUGCGUGUGUGUGUGUGUGUGUGUGUGUGUGUGUGUGUGUGUGUGUGUGUGUGUGUGUGUGUGUGUGUGUGUGCGCGCGUGUCACAUCAGAACAGAGACAAUUACAUCCGCUCCUGCCGGCUACUUCCUGACGGGCGAACGCUGAUCGUCGGGGGCGAGGCCAGCACCCUGUCAAUCUGGGACCUGGCCACGCCCACUCCCCGGAUCAAGGCGGAGCUAACGUCGUCGGCGCCCGCGUGCUACGCCCUGGCCAUCAGCCCCGACUCCAAGGUCUGCUUCUCCUGCUGCUCUGACGGCAACAUCGCCGUGUGGGACCUCCACAAUCAGAUCCUGGUUAGGCAGUUCCAGGGCCACACAGACGGGGCCAGCUGCAUCGACAUCUCCAACGACGGCACCAAGCUGUGGACGGGGGGCCUGGACAACACGGUCCGGUCCUGGGACCUGAGGGAGGGCCGGCAGCUGCAGCAGCACGACUUCACCUCACAGAUCUUCUCUCUGGGCUACUGUCCCACGGGGGAGUGGCUGGCGGUGGGCAUGGAGAACAGCAACGUGGAGGUCCUCCACGUCACCAAGCCUGACAAGUACCAGCUGCACCUCCACGAGAGCUGCGUGCUCUCCCUUCGCUUCGCCCACUGCGGGAAAUGGUUUGUUAGCACAGGAAAGGACAACCUGCUGAACGCCUGGAGAACCCCAUACGGAGCCAGCAUAUUCCAGUCGAAGGAGUCGUCGUCCGUGCUGAGUUGUGACAUCUCUGCAGACGAUAAGUACAUAGUGACGGGGUCCGGGGACAAGAAAGCCACGGUGUACGAAGUCAUCUACUAGGACUGGCCUGGGAUCACCGUCUCUUAUGUAUGUUUCUUAUUUUGUAUAAAAACAAAACAAAAAAUGAUUUGUACGCAAAACACCAAACCGUUUGACUAUCGUCGCCGACCGUGACCCCUUGACCUCUCGACUGAACAGCCAGGGCUGAGCACUUGGAAUAUUUUGUAUAUUUUGUUUUUUUGAUUUUUGUUGUGAUGAAGAUGAGUGAGUCCGUCUGGACAGGAAACCGAGGAGCAAGGUGAACGACCGGGAGUGCCAUGGCUGGCUUGUGUUCCUUGAGAAAAAAAGCUACCUACUGUAUGUACAUUUGCGAAUUAUUGAUCUCUUUGUGUGAUUUGUGACAUCAGACUUUUUUCAGUAUUAGGGCCAAGGUUGCUUUUUGAAAUUCUUUUUUUUUCCUUCUUGCCUUUGCAUAAUACCUCACAGUGUUGGUCAACAGCUUUCUCAUUUUUGGUGGCGUUUAAUUUAAUUGAUUCAUGUGUAUAUUUAUCUAUUUAACGCACUGGAAGAACAUCAUGGAUACUGUGGAUAAUCAUUUCUCUAAUUUGGUGAAAUCUGCUGUUUUUGCAAUUUGACACAAAACAAUGUUUAAGACUUAAAAGUAAAGGAAAAUACCACGCAGAGCAAAUAAAGGUCUGAUAUAUUUCUGUUGAGAGCACUCCUACUGUAAACCUUUUCUCAUUCAUCAUAAAGUGUUUAGUUUUGUUAUGUUUUUGCUGCUUUUUAAAAAUGAUUUCAUGCAUGCAUGGUUUGCGUGACCAUGCCUGUGUAUUUGUGUGUGCGUUCGUGUGAGUGUGUGUGUUUGUGUGUCAGGUGUGCGUGUGUGUGUGCAUCCAUGUGUGUGUGUUUCAUGUGUGUGUGUGUGUGUGUCGUGUGUGUGUGUGUGUAUGCGUGCGUGUGUGUACUGAAUGAACUGAUGGAAGACCUCUUGUGCCCACUCAGCCCCUUCACAUCAGACAGCAUCAGAUCCCAGCUGUAUUUUCUAUACAAUUUGAACACGUCAGGUUUAUUUUCUAAGCUUUCCAUCACAUCAGACGAAGACUCAAAGGGGCAUCCCAGGCCCCCCCCCCCAUACCAAAAGCCUAAAAACCCUCGUAAGAACACAGAGGCGGGACAAGUGUUGAGUGACAGUCGAUCGACUUGACCUCACCCCAUUCACUCUACCCUAACGAAAGUGCUGGGCUCAUCUUAAACGCUAACGACCUGAGUUGUGCUGGUUGGACGUCCAGAAUCUCGACGUGGCAUCACAGCACAGUGCCUUUCUGCCACUACGCUCCUCAGCAGGUCCUGUGUGGCUCCGAGCUCAUCUAGUUCUCAUGGUUUUCAGCCUCACACAGGCUCCGUCUGAGGAAUCGACUAUUUGAAGUGGAGGCAGUUCCUCCCGGCAAAGAUAGCUGUCACCGCUCACUUUGUCUUCUGAUCACACAAAGCUCUGUGAGUGUUUACAGCCAGAGGCUUUUGAUUUGUAUUUCUUUGUUUUUUUUUAACUAAGCCUGCUAAACAAAGGAGAGCUCCGCGGGAGACAUGUUCACAGAGUUACUGGUGCUGAUGUGACGGGCACACAUGGCCAUGUGGUUUUAUUCUUAAAAAUAAUUGUUGUCAGAACUCAAAGCAUGUGUUCCUGGGUUACUGAACAAACACCCGUGUGGGACGUUCUUCGUAGAUUGUUAUUUUAGACUUUUUUAAGACGGCUGGGUCUUAAGAAAACGGUCUUUAUGACAAACGUCACCCAUAUACAAUAGAGGUUUAAAUGACUUUCUAAAUGAGUUGCAAGGUUGUUUUAAUAUUCUUAAAAACCGUAUGUUUUCCUUCAAACAGCAUCAACCGACAGCUGAAACCAUUAUCCCUAAAGCGCCAUAGUGGUGGUUAUGUUUAACCUGCUGUUCUGCACAAAUGUUCAAAAGACUAAAUGAAGCCUUCUUACUCCGAGCUCGUUGUUUCACCUUACAUCUGGCGGGUAAACGUGGAAUCAUCUGGAGACAUUGGACCGUACCGCAUCCCCUCUCUGUUUUAUUUGAUGCAUUUAAGGUCUACAUAAAUGGGCUCUGUGAACGGAUUCAUUGUUGAGUGUUUUUUCUUUUUUUCUUUUUAAAUAAUCUAGGCACAGCAGGAAGUAGAAACUGGUCAUUUAUUCUGUAGUGAAAAAGGUGCAACAAAGUAGGCCUACCUGGAUUGAAACUAAAAUGCUGAAUCAAACCUUAUAUUUUGGCUGUACUCUCCACACUUUACAAGAGAUGUGUAUUUAAAGGACUCCUUUCUCAUCUUGGUCGUUAAACACGGAGACAUCUUGACCUUGAUAUGAUCCAACAACUGUAAUGAGGUUGGUUUAUUCCACUGUGCUUUUUGAAGCAACUCAGAAACUACUAAGUGUGAUUCUUGGUCUGAGAUGAGUUGUUAAAAACCCAGUGUAUGCAUUACAGGAAAUCAACAUCAAUACACGUUUGUAUGGGAAAUCUAUCGAUAAAACGUUGGUUGUAAAUAAUCCAAGAAUCACAUUUGAUUGUGACAGUUUAGCUGGUUGACAUAAGCUAAUAUAAUGGAGAUUAUGUUACAUAUACAGUAAUAAUGUGAAACGUUUUGUUUGACCGAAAUCAUGAUGGUAUGAGAUAAUUGCUGUACAAAUGUAAUAAUUCAAGCUUACAAUGCAAAGAAAUUGUUUUUCUUCAAUACAAAAUGCCUUUGCUCUGUUUUUCUAGUCGGUGGUUGACUUUAUUAAAUUAUUGUGUGCAGUUAUAUUUGAUGCGUAAUUUAUUUUCUGUAAACGUCAUGUUUUUUUCAAACCAAUAAUACAUAAUUUCCUUGCUACAACCUGGAUUCAAAAAACAAACCAGGAGUAUAUUUUGUGAAUGAGUUCUAAAUAUAAAGAAAUUAUACGACAAA